AUGCCACGAAAAAGUAGGUCUGCAUCUCAGAUAUCUGAAGAAGAAAAGAUAAGAAGAAGGCGCGAGCAGAAAAAAUUAAGUAUACGACGUGUUAGAGCUCGAAUGACUCAAACAGACUUAGAAGAAAGAAGAAGAAAAGAUAGAGAAAGGUAUCAGAAGAAAAAAGAACAAGGACUCCUUAAAACUAUCGCAGACUUUACUCCGAGAGAACAAAGACAAAUAAGGAAACAGUGGAGAGAAAAAGGCAAGAAGAGACGAGAAAAGCAAAGACAACACGAUGCUUUGCAUAAUUUUAUAGAAACAAAUACUCCACCUUCAACUUCAACACUAUCACGUGCAAGUGGUGGUAGUUACAUAUCACAACGUAAUAGAUACCUUCUUAGGGAUGAGAAUAUUUAUUUAAAGAAAAAAAUAUGUGAAUUAGAAUCUAAACUAGCCAAGUAUAGAAUGCGAUGUUUCAGAGAAAUCCAAUCUGCUCAUUUUGGUGGAUCGAAACCUCAAAUAUCGUUGCAUACAUCAGUAUAUUACAGUACACAUUCGGAACCUCCAAAUAAUUUUCUACAAUCCACUUCAUUUUGUACGGUUUCGGAAAAUCUCAGACACGACCCCGUUUUGAUUUGUGUUCAUUUGAAAGCACUGAUAGCAAAAAUUAAAGAACUAUCACCUUAUUUAAAACACUUACAUAUUCUAAGUGAUGGUCCCUCAACACAAUACCGAAAUAAAUCCAUGUUCAAUUUAGUUGCUACCUAUCUAAGCAAGGAGUUUGGAGUGGAUACAAUCACAUGGCAUUUCAGUGAAAGAGGCCACGGUAAAGGAGCACCCGACGGUGUAGGUGGGUGCAUAAAACGACUUUGUGAUAUUCAUGUGGCAAGAGGCAACGAUAUUUCAAAUUUGGAAGGCUUAAUGUCUUGUUUGUUUGCAAACUGUAAAGGCAUUGAAGUGUAUAGAAUCAACGAAUUACUUAUUCCUGAUGUAGAAGAAAUUUUAAAUAAAAGUGUUAUACGACCUUUCAAAGGUACUCGUGAUAUCCAUCAGUUAACAUGGAGUUACAUAGAACCGAGAGUAAUACACGUAAGACGUUUAAGUUGCCAGAUUUGUGCCACACAUGUGAAAUGCCCUCAUUAUGGAUUAGGGAUAAUAGAUGUCAAUUAUAAACCCAUGGACAACUAUAAAUUACCUAGUGAGCCAGAAGGUUUAAAUACUCCCGAUACUCCAGAAGCACCAAAUACUCCUGAAGAGCCUUUAAAUACCCCUGAAAAUUCAACUGUGUCAAUGUCACCGGGCUUUAGUGAUAGGUUAACACCCGAAGUCACAACUGAUGCAAUUCAACAAAAUGUGAGGCCUACCAAAAGACUUCGACCGCGUCUAGAUCUUUUGGAAGACUCUGAUUCGUCUUUAGAAGUGUUUCCCAAACGAAAACGGUUUUCUGUCGCAAUGUGGCAAGAUUCCGAUGAUGAUUCCAUAUUUUAG